CAAACAACCCAAGAAAUAUUUGCGCCCGAUGCCCAAGUCGACGACGACAGCGAGUAGCUUUGUCUCGAAGCUCAUCGCCCUCGUGGCGGCCGCGCCCGACCACGUCAUCGGAUGGUCCGCGGACGGCAGCAAGAUCGUCGUCCAGGGCGUCACGCCGCUCGAGAAGGAGUUCCUACCGUCGCACUACGGGCACACUAGCUUUACGAGCUUUGCGCGGCAGCUGCGCGUCUACGGCUUCUCCAAGUCCAAGCUCUACGGCCUGCCGUGCGAUGAAACCAUGAACGCGAAGCGCGGGUUUGGCUACAUCUUUGCCCAUCCGUUCGUGCACCGCGACCGCCCGCAGGACCUUGUCCGUGUCAAGCGCACUACCAUGGACGACAGCCACGUUGGGGAGCUCCGCGCCGCCGUCGACGGUCUCGAGGCCGAGUGCGUCGCACGCGCGAUCGCGACCAACGCGCCCAUUUAUACCAAGCGCGACCACGGCUUUGUACCCUUCUUCCCGCUCGAGCUCGGCUACGAGUCGUCCGAGGACCAUCAGCCAUUAGACGACGUCGAGCUCGACAUUCUCGAUUUGAUUCUAAGCAGUACCAAUACCAGCAUAGUCUAGUCGUCCGUGUGCA